UCUCUUAUAUUUGUGAGGGUUUGCAAUGCUGUCUCAUCAGAGGAGCUGAGUACAUUGGACACGCAUUCCAGUUGCGACAAAAUGCUUUGCCUCGCGGGAGUGUUUGUGCUGCUACUUUCUGUGACAACAGAGGCCAGGGUCGGUAAUUCAAGCGAGUCCAGCUUCUGCACAGAAACAGAAGAAUGUCUACUGUACGAUUUGGUUUGCGAAGGAAAUGGUUAUGAGGUACGGCACUACGAGCCAUUCAAAGUGGUGACUACAGAAGUAGAAUCCUACUUCACAGUAAUCGCAGCUGUCAGAGGCUUCAGAACACUUGCGGGAUACGUCACAGGGCACAACGCGGCAGGUACUGGAAUUAGCAUGACCACUCCGGUCAUCAUGAAAAGAAAAGAAAACAGAAGUAAGCAGCUGACCUCAGUCUACGAAAUCAGUUUCGUGCUGCCUUCUCACUAUCAGACAAACCCACCUGCACCCAUUGACGAGAGUGUAAAAAUUGUAGACAUGCCUGACAUGCAUGUAUAUGUUCGAAGCUACGGUGGCUGGUUUUUUGACAUCAUGUCCAGGAUACAGACUUACCUUCUGAGAAGACAACUGAACAGCGCCCAGGCCUCCUAUAAUACAGAGUAUCAUUUUGACGUGGGCUAUAACAGCCCAAUGACUAUUAAGGACAGACACAAUGAGGUGUGGUACGUGGUUGAGGGAGAACCUGUGUGCCCUGCAUCAGAAUAGUUUCCAAAAGGAAAGUCCUUGACUCUCCUUGAGGACGCACUGAGAAACUCUUGUAAGUGGUGAAGAUGUGGAGGGAGCGAUGUUGGGGAAGGAAAAGAAGAGGAGAGAGAAGCGUUACUGUUUUCUGCUGUCUUGUCUUUUAUUUCGAUACGACAAUCAGUUGCUCUUCAGAGGAAUGUGUCCCUCCAUAUUCUGAAUGGAUGUGUAUUAGGAUAUUGCCCUGGGAAUCCGAAUGGCAUCUUGGCUGGGGCUGGGAGAGGGAUGCACUUGAACGUGUCAGUCAGGAGUGAACAUGCAUUGUCAGUGCACUAUCAAUGCACUAUCAAUGCAUUGUUUUAAAGCAGUAAUAAUAAAUAUCAUUUCAUGUCA